GCGAUUGGACCUGUUUUAGUACGAAUCAUAUUCUCACCACAAACGAUUCGCUCCAGGGUUCGUUUUAAAGCGUACAGAGACCACCUCUACAAGCAGGUCUCGGUACGCUUAUUUGGUCCGCUUUUGGUGCGCACUCGAGUACGAUUGCUGCAUUCUUACCUGCCCAAACGAACCGCACCAAAAGGGAAAACGAACUGUAGUGCGAUUCAAUCGGACCAAAUAAGGCAGGAGUUAAAGCACCCUGAAACUGAUUUUCUUGGCAUCAAUUUUGUGUAAGUAUCACUAUGAACCUCCAUUAAUUUGAAACUAAAACGGCAUAAGAAGAAUCAUAAGUGUAUAUAGAUACAGUAAAUACCAAUUAAUGGAUUUUAUCUCUUCUGGAUUUUUCCCCUGAUGCAGCUCUUUCAACGUUGCAGAUUUGCAACGUGUGGCCAGAUAGGUACCACUGGAUACCACAUGCUUUAUCUACUAGUUUGCCUAUAUUUUGAGUAACAGUUUAUACUAGGGUUUUUUUUUUCCCAUCACCAGUGUUUACAUAUUACUUUGAGGUGUCACUGAGGGUAUAUCAUAUGGAAAAUGUAAUAAUUUGGAGUGAAGUUACAAACAAUCAGAGGCAGAUUUGAUCAAAAGCAAUGGCACAAUACCAUGUUCAUUUGACUGUGCAGUGAGGAAAACUGAUAUAGGCUAAAUAGCAUGGCACUUUUAUUAGCAUAGAUCAUUGUGUCAAAGCAUUUUUGGCAAACUCCCUUACAGAAUACUCUCUAUGCAGGAUUUGCAGUGUGUUACGGCAGGCAGACGAAAAAUUUACACAGCCAGGGAAGUCAUUGAGUACAUUUGCCUUCCUGAUGGUGCUUUAUCUGACACAGAAUCCAUUUCAGACGAUAAAAUUGCUGAUUCAGAUUUUGAGGAAUCUCCUAAAGCAUACGAGUCUGACUCCAGCUUUGAUGAUGAUAAGCCACUGGCAGCAAUACCAAAAGCUAAUCUCUACCACCUUGAUGUUGAAAUUCAUAACAUACAUGCAGACAGUGAUACUGAGGUCCCAGAUGACAAUGAACCUCAGCCAGUCCCAGCCCCAGUCAACAAAGAGUUUUCUUGGAGGCAGAGGAAACCCCCAGCAGCUGACAUAGACUCUUCAUUCCAAGGACCUGCAUUCUCACCUCCCCCAGACGAAAUACCAAGUCCAAAGUGGUAUUUUCAUCAGUUCAUGGACAAAUCUGUGUUUGAACAUAUUUCUCACCAAUCUAACUUGUAUGCAGUUAUGAAGAAUGGCCCAGAACUGAAAACAACCCCUUCUGAAGUAGAGCAAUUCAUUGGUUUACACAUCUUGAUGACUGUAGUGCGUAUGCCAUCGCAACCCGCUACGACCCAAUUGCGACAGUCAUGGGACGUAAACGAUUUGAUAAUCUGCGUACAUACAUCCACAUGAACGACAAUACCAAUGUGAAGCAAAAGGGUGAGCCUGGAUACGAUCCAUUAUUCAAGGUGCGUCCAGUUCUUGAGAAAGUCCGUGCCAACUGUGUGAAGGUUGAACGAGAAGAAAACCACUCCAUUGAUAAGCAGAUGAUCCCCUGCAAAGGAAAGAUUGGAAUGAAACAGUAUAUCAAGAACAAGCCACAUAAAUGGGGAAUCAAGGUCUUUACUCGUGCAGGUGUCACUGGACUAGUCUAUGACUUUGAAGUAUACACUGGAAAAGGGACCGUGACCAAUGAACGUGGACUUGGUGUUGCCGGUGAAGUUGUGCUACGUCUCGUAUCAGACAUUCCAAAAGGACUAAACUACAAGUGCUUUUUCAACAACUGGUUCCCUUCCCCUGAACUCAUUGUAGUACUGAAGAAAAUGGUAAUUUUAACAGUUGCUACCAUCAAUCGUAACCGUCUCCGUGGAUGUACCCUCAAGAGUGAUAAGGAACUCUCAAAGGCCGGGUGUGGUGCGUAUGAAGUGAAAUACGAAAAGACAAGUGGGAUGUCCAUCAUGAAGUGGUAUGAUAACAAGGCAGUGUUGCUGGCAUCAUCCUUCAUCGGCCCUGAACCUGUUGAGAGAUGCAGAAGGUGGUCGAAAGAGAAGAAGGAAUAUGUGGAAGUGGACAGACCCCACAUUGUCAAGGUGUACAACCACAACAUGGGAGGAGUAGACUUAGCAGACAAGUUUGCAGCUCUCUAUCGCACUGACUUCCGCCCACGUCGUUGGUAUCUGCGCAUCUUGUACUACUUGAUUGACCUAUCACUGGUCAAUGGUUGGCUCCUCUAUCGCCGUCAUCUCACCCAGAAGCAGGAGAAGAAGUAUAUGCCACUUCUUGACUUCCGUGUUCAAGUUGCAGAUGCCCUCAUCAAGGUUGGCAAACAGGUUGACUUGAACAGUAGGAAAAGAGUACGACCUUCAUUGGAAGAUGAUCCAACGUCCCAUCAAGCUGCCUCACCUCCACUUCAGAGGAUCUCUGCACCAUCGGUUGAUGUCAGAUUAGACCGAUGCGAUCAUUUCCCCAUCCAUGCUGAGAAACGUGGACGAUGCAGACUGUGCAAGAAUGGCUACACGCAAAUGGCCUGCCUGAAGUGCAAAGUACUUCUGUGCUUUACAAAAGACAAAAACUGUUUCUUGGAGUACCACAUGACAAAGUGACUUGUAAACAUGGCCUACUCAAUGAGGAUUUAAGAUAUUGGAUUUGGAUCCCAUAUUGUUUUUGUUGUUGUUCUGCCACUGAAAAGCAAUUUGUUACAUUGUUUGAAAAGUUGUAUGUAAAAAGUUAUU